AUGAUCUUAGUAGAAACUCAUUCGAAUCCAUCCAUCAAUCCUAUAGCUGGUCCAUCUAUACCACGUUCAUUCUUAACUUCAACAACAACAACAACCACAACCACAAAUCAAUCAACAACAACACCUUCUGAUUCAAUAUCACCUUUAUACCAUUUUGGUCAUUCACAACAUCAACAUCAAGCUUCAAAUGAAUCUCAACAACAACAAAUCAAUCAAACUCAUUCAUCAUCAAUCUCAAAAAGGAAUCCAAAUAAAAUCAAAACUCAAAUCAGACAUGCUGAUCAUCUAUUAGACACACCUGGAGUUUGUUUUGCAUCUUGGCUUUCCAAUCAUUCUUCUCAUCUUGGUACCGUUCGAUCGACUUCAAUCAUCAAUCGAUGUUUAUCAUCUUCAUCUUCUUCAACUUCUUCUUCGAUCACUUUAUCUUCAUCGAAACAGCUUAAUCAUCAAUCAUCUUCAACUCAAAUCACAACUUCGUCUUCUUCAACUUCUUCACCAAAUUCAAUUCCAACUCAAGUUGAUAAUACUCCUGAAAAGAAUAUAUCAAAUGAUCAAUCUAGUCUUGCUUCUUCACCUUCUCCACCUUCUCCACCAUCACCUUCGAUCCAAUCUAACAAAACUUCAACCCCAGUUGUCACAAAUCCAAUUCCUGCCAAACCGAAAUCAUGGGCCGAUUUACUUCGAACUGGAACAUCUAAGUCAAGUCAAACAGUUUUACCAUCUAAUUCUACUUCUUCCGAUCAAGCUAAAACAACAAAUCCUACUAGCAACAACCUUCAGUCUUCUGCUCGAUUACUUGAAUCCGACAUGGGCGAUCUCAAGUCAUCAUCAAUAUUACUGUCCGAACGUCUUCAAGCUAUCAAGAACUCGAAACAUGUUCCGUUUAUCGUUCCUAGAGGUUUGAUCAACAAUGGUAACAUUUGCUUUGCCAAUGCGAUCUUACAGGUCUUGGUUUAUUGCGUACCAUUCUAUAACUUAUUGAAACAUUUAAAUUUAUAUACUUCACAUGAUUUCAAAUCACAAACUCCUCUAUUAGAUGCUAUGAUUGGUUUUAUAAACGAAUUCGAAUCAAUUCCUUUAUCUGAACUUGAACCGAUCAAAGAUCCUAAAACUUCAAACGUUUUGCGUUAUCAUCUUCCUACACAUCUUAAGAAAAUUGGUGAACCUUUUAUUGCUGAAUCUGUUUGGAUUGCUACCAAGGGUAAUUCUAGAUUUGAUGCCAUGAGGGGUGGUCAACAAGAAGAUGCACAAGAGUUUUUGUGUUUCUUCUUAGAUACUCUACAUGAAGAAUUAUUAACAGCCAUCGAUCGACAUGAUGGACCUAUCCGUUUACGUCAACAGCUUGCUGAUGCUGCUACGAAUACAACUAAUAAGGAUAAUCAUCUCAAGCCACCUGCUAAUGAGCUCGAUCAGCCUAACUCAUCAUCUGAUGGAUGGAUGGAAGUAGGUUCAAAGGGACGGCCUUCAGUUACUAGAUCAACCGAUAGUAUUCUAUCACCUCUCACUUCAAUCUUUGGCUUCAACACACGUUCGAUCCUACACAAACCAAAACAAAAAGAUUCGGUAACAUUCGAACCGAAUAACAUGUUACAACUAUCCAUUGAAUCACCCAACAUCAAAACCAUCGAAGAAGCCUUAUUGAAUUUUUCAACACCUGAAAUCAUCUCUGAUAUGAUGAACAAGAAUGGAAUCAAAUCAUCAGCUACCAAACAAAUCUUUAUUGAAUCCUUUCCUCCAGUCUUUAUUUUACAUUUAAAAAGGUUUGGAUAUUUUGAAGGUGAAGUUAAGAAAAAUUCAAAAUCCAUCAAGUUUGGUAAUUUUUUAAAGAUUCCUGCAUCGGUUAGAGGUCCAGCUCAAAGGAAUGAAGAAGUGUCUUAUAAACUUUUUGCUGUUGUUUAUCAUCAUGGUUUAAUGGCAUCUGGAGGACAUUAUACUGUUUCAAUCAAACAACAAAUCACAGAUGAAUGGAUUUAUUUUGAUGAUACGAUCAUUAAAGAUCAUCAUCAAAAGUUUCCAAAUGAAGAUUUCAAUCAAGAUUUAAAAACUCCUUAUCUUUUGUUUUAUACUCGUUCUUCUUAA